ACUCGCCAUAAAACCCCACCUGCCAAAUAGACACAGGUCGAGACACAGAGAGAGAGAGAGAGGCGGGUCGCAUCGUAUUCGACCGUACGGGGUGUGUCCAAAUGCACCACCACGACGGGCGGUGGUCCUCAUGGAGAUAACUUCGUACGCCUCCUCUAGCUCCCGCGACCUUGCCUCCAUCGCUGCUGCCGCUGACUCCGUCUCCUCCUCCUACCCCUCUGCUUCCUCCACCACCAUGCCCUCCUCCCGCCCCGUGAAAAUCAUCCCGCUCCAGCACCCCAGCGCGUCGGCGCCGUCCUCGUCGUCCUCGUCGGGCGGCGGCGGCGGCCUGUUCCUGAGAUGGAAGUCGAAGCUAAAGAAAAUGACGUGGCUGGAUUGGGUGGAGACCUUCCUGCCCUGCUCCCGCUGGAUCCGGACCUACAAGUGGCGCGAGUACCUCCAGAUCGAUCUCUUGGCCGGCCUCACCGUCGGCGUGAUGCUCGUACCUCAGGCAAUGUCAUAUGCGAAACUAGCUGGGCUGGAACCAAUAUAUGGGCUUUACUCUGGUUUUGUACCCGUAUUUGUGUAUGCCAUUUUUGGAUCAUCCCGCCAGCUUGCAGUAGGACCAGUAGCAUUGGUCUCGCUUCUAGUUUCAAAUGUCUUAGGAGGGAUUGUUGACUCAUCUGAUGCGUUAUAUACUGAACUUGCCAUAUUGCUGGCUCUUAUGGUUGGAAUCUUGGAAUGCAUAAUGGGACUCUUGAGGCUUGGAUGGAUUAUGCGUUUCAUCAGCCACUCUGUAAUUUCUGGCUUUACAACUGCUUCUGCCAUUGUGAUUGGCUUGUCUCAAGCGAAGUAUUUCUUGGGUUACAGCAUCGUUCGUAGUAGCAAGAUAGUGCCCUUGAUUAAGAGCAUAAUAUCUGGAAUUGACGGGUUUUCAUGGCCCCCAUUUGUGAUGGGUUCUGUCAUUCUUGCAAUCCUUCUUGUUAUGAAACACUUGGGAAAAACAAGGAAGUACCUGCGGUUUCUUCGUGCUGCCGGACCUCUCACUGCUGUAGUUGUAGGCACGACUUUUGUGAAAAUAUUCAACCCUUCGUCUAUAUCAUUGGUUGGAGAUAUACCGCAAGGCCUCCCAACAUUUUCUAUACCGAAAGAAUUUGGUUAUGUAAAAUCACUGAUCCCAACUGCACUUCUCAUUACUGGCGUGGCUAUCUUGGAAUCUGUUGGAAUUGCCAAAGCAUUAGCUGCUAAGAAUGGUUACGAGCUGGAUUCAAAUCAAGAGCUCUUUGGCCUUGGUGUUGCCAAUGUUUGUGGUGCAUUUUUUUCAGCAUACCCCACAACAGGCUCUUUUUCUAGGUCAGCUGUAAAUCAUGAGAGUGGUGCAAAGACUGGCGUAUCAGGGAUUGUAACAGGAAUCAUAAUGGGCUGUGCACUUUUGUUCAUGACUCCAUUAUUUGAAUAUAUACCUCUGUGUGCUCUGGCUGCCAUUGUGAUUUCUGCUGUCAUCGGUCUGGUGGAUUAUGAUGAAGCUAUAUUUUUAUGGCGUGUAGAUAAGAAAGAUUUUCUCCUCUGGACAAUCACUUUUGUCGCAACCCUGUUCCUUGGUAUUGAGAUCGGUGUGCUUAUUGGGGUUGGUGUUUCAUUAGCUUUUGUCAUCCAUGAAUCAGCUAAUCCACAUAUUGCUGUCUUGGGUCGACUUCCUGGGACUACUGUGUAUAGGAACAAGGAGCAAUACCCAGACGCGUAUACGUACAACGGGAUCGUCAUCGUUCGGAUUGAUGCCCCUAUAUAUUUCGCAAACAUCAGCUACAUAAAAGAUCGGCUCAGGGAAUAUGAACUUGAAGUUGAUAGAUCAACAAGACGAGGUCCAGAAGUUGAUAGGGUCUACUUUGUGAUACUAGAGAUGGCACCGGUGACAUACGUUGAUUCAAGUGCUGUACAAGCUCUAAAAGAUUUGUAUCACGAGUACACAUCGCGGGACAUCCAGAUGCAUGCAGCUAGCUAUUUCCAACCCGAAUAGAGACGUCCUUCUCACCCUAUCGAAAUCAGGACUGGUGGACCUAAUCGGCAAGGAUUGGUGCUUCGUGAGGGUCCAUGAUGCUGUUCAAGUCUGCCUCCAACAUGUACAAACCAUAAAGGAAACAUCCAAGACUACAGCUGAUCCUUCUCCCCAAGAGAAGCCAAGUUUGCUGCAGAGACUACUCAGACAACAUGGAGAGGGCCUGUCAAUUCCCGAGCUGGAGUCGGGCUAUCAGGGCCAGUCAAUAUCCUCUACCGAAACUGACCCACAGUUGGAACCGCUCUUAUCCCGUAAGUCUUGAAGAUCUCUUCAUGACCGCCUUACCAGCCUCCUUUGGAAGGUGCACCUGGCGCCAAUAUUUUCUGGAAGCCAAUUCCUUAUAUACAGUAUUGUAUGAUUUAUUGUCCCAUUUUUUGGCCAGCUGGGUUGGUUUGUUGUAAGUAAAUGCUAUUGUUGUACAAUAUGAAGGAAUGGAUAGAGUUGAUCUAGAUUUAUAUUCAUAUACUUUUUAUCUAUCAAAUUCAAAAGCUCUCGAUGGACAGAAUGUCUACCAUGAUUAUUCUGUGUAUUUAUAUCUUUACAUGGCAAUAAUAACAACCAGGCGGUAGCCUCUGUUUGCUC